CCUCCGGCCCAUGUCUCCGCAAACCCUAUUUCUUGCUUGGGCUCCUUCCUCUUUUCCUCAUCCACCUAACCUGAGAAACCCUAAGUCUCGGAGAUCUUUGCGAGGUCGUCGCCAUGGCCUCGAGAAUGCAGGAGCACGAUGGUGCGAGCCCUGCAAAGAUUUUUAUCGGAGGGCUUCCGAAGGAUACGACGCUCGAAACAUUUGUGAAGCACUUUGAAAAGUAUGGAGAGAUAGUGGAUUCAGUGAUAAUGAAAGAUCGAUAUACAAACAAGCCCAGAGGUUUUGGGUUCAUCACCUACAAAGAUGCUUCUGUUGUCGACCAAGUCAUUGAGGACACACAUAUUCUCAAUGGGAAAACUGUGGAAAUUAAAAGAACUAUUCCGAAAGGUGCUGCUCCUUUGAAGGAUUUCAAGACGAGAAAGAUAUUUGUUGGUGGUAUACCAACAACAUUAACAGAAGAUGAAUUCAAGAACUUCUUUUCUGAGUUUGGGAGAGUAGAAGAUCAUGAAAUCAUACGUGACCAUACAACCAACAGGUCUCGUGGAUUUGGUUUUAUAGUCUUUGAGAAGGAAAAAGAUGUAGAUGACUUGUUAGCCAAAAGGGGAAACAUGAUUGAUUUAGCUGGUUCUAAGGUGGAAAUCAAGAAGGCUGAACCAAAGAAAUCUGGCAAUGCACCACCACCUGCUUCUGGUGGUGAACCCCGACCUCGUCACUUUGGUGAUAGUUUUGGUGGAUUUGGUGGCAAUUAUGGUGGCUUUGGUGGUGGUGGUGGUGCUGGUUAUGGGCCUUCAUCCUACAGGACACCAGGAGGUUAUGGUCCUAGACCUGGAGCCUAUGGUGGUUAUGGCAGCGUUGCUGGUGAAUUUGGUGGUUAUGCUGGUGGGUUAGGGGACUAUCGGGGAGAAUCUUCGCUUGGUUACACCAGUCGUUUUGGUUCAUAUGGUGGAGGGUUUGGAGGCUAUGGACGUGAAACGGGUGGCUACAGUGGUUCUAGCUAUGGAAGCGGGUAUGAUUCUCCGGGUGGUUAUGGUGCAGGUGGACUCUAUGGCAGUAGAGGAGGCUCUGGUGGUGGUGCUGGUCGAUACCACCCUUAUGGAAGAUAGGAAAAGGUUUUUACCAUGUCAUCAGAUUCAGCUAGUACCGCCACCUCUGAUUGUGUAUUGUUUCUAAUUGUUUAGGCAAAAUUGACACUCCAGCACCACUGGGAUUGAGCCUUCAAGGCUUUUGAGUUCAUGUUAGGUGGUUGUGUAGGUUUCUGUCAGGAAUCUGUAACAUCAAACAUUUGGAACAUCAACACUCUCUUUGCUGUUCUUUUAACUUUCAUAUAUGUUUUCCGUAUCA